UUCGCUGUUGGCUGUGAGCUCGGUGUCUCUGUUUACCAGCCACUUGCUCGCUUUGUUCGCUCCGAGACUCAAAGUGCGCAAAGAGGAGCAACAUGUUCGGCAUAGAGGUGCUGCGGGUGUCGGUACGUGAGCGGAUCAUCGCCGCCGCUGAAGACUUUCUGCUGCAGGUGGAGAAAGGAGGAGAAACGGCUCAAUUCCCGGCGCUGAGAGCGAUGCUAACCGAGAGGCUAAUGGCGGCGGCAAAGGAGAUCGUCACGUUGUUUGAGGAAAUCGUGGCUGUGUAUGAACACAGAAUUGAGCGUUCAGAGCGGUCGGAGCGGGAGAUCUACCGUCAGAGGAGGCUGCUCGAUGCCGUGAUGACGCCCGAACUCCGGCUGCACAGAGUUGUGUGUCCUGCAGACAUACAGCAACUGAUGGUGAAUAAAGAAGAGGUUCCCCCUGAGCAGCAGCAGUGGAGCCCCCUUGUUGACCAGGAGCACCCAGAGCCCCCCCGCAUUAAAGAGGAACAGGAGGAACUGUGGACCAAUCAGGAGGGAGAGCAGCUUCAACAACUUGAGCAGGCUGAUAUCAAGUUCACAUUGAAUGCUGUCAGUGUGAAAAGUGAAGCAGAUGAAGAGAAACCUCAGUUGUCACAGUUUCAUCAGAAUCAGACUGAGGAGAACAGAGUGGACUGUGGAGAACAAGAACCAGCCAGGAUCUCAGGUCCUGAUGGACAUUUACAACAAGGUACUGAGGAAAAGACUGAAGAUGAUAGGAUGCAGACUAGGGAACCUCAGUCUGGUUUAAAUACAAAAAAUAACAAACAGCCUCUAAGUGAUAUGACAUGUAAAACUGGUAAGAAAGCAUUUAGUUGUUCAGAGUGUGGUAAAAUAUUUAAUCAAAAGUGCAUUCUAACUAUACAUAUGAGGAUUCAUACAGGAGAGAAACCGUUUAGUUGCUCAGAGUGUGUUAAAAUAUUUAAUCAAAAGAGCGAUCUAACUGUACAUAUGAGGAUUCAUACAGGAGAGAAACCAUUUAGUUGCACAGAGUGUGGUAAAAGAUUUCACCACAAGGGCGAUCUAACUGUACAUAUGAGGAUUCAUACAGGAGAGAAACCAUUUAGUUGCACAGAGUGUGGUAAAAGAUUUCGCCACAAGGGCGAUCUAACUGUACAUAUGAGGAUUCAUACAGGAAAGAAACCCUUUAGUUGCUCCGAGUGUGGUGAAAGAUUUCGCCACAAAAGCAAUCUAACUGUACAUAUGAGGAUUCAUACAGGAGAGAAACCAUUUAGUUGCUCCUUGUGUGGUAAAGCAUUUAUUCAAAAAAACACGCUGAAUAUACAUAAGAGAAGACAUACAGGAGAGAAAGCUGGUUGAAUGAGCUCCCCAUUGACAUCCGGACAUCAGAAAGUUUACACAUCUUCAGCCGAAAACUAAAAACAUACCUUGAAUAAAAAAAAAAAUUAUACUUUCUUGAUUCUUGUCGUCCUUGGUAUGUACCCUCGGGGUUGAAUGCGCUUUUUCGUCAGCUAAAUGAAAUGUAAUCUAAUGUAAUUUAGUUGCUCCUAGUGUGGUAACAUAUUAAGACUAAUUGUUAAUCUAACAGCAUCUGAGUAGUCAUACCCAAGAGAAUGAAUUGACUUGCUUUGUGUGGUUGAAGCUUUCAGUUGCAUCGUUUGCAACUAUUCAUAUUAUACAUAUUAAUAGUUCACUGUUGUAAAUAAAGAAUUUAGAAUUCCCCUUCACUUGUUUUUAUCAGAGUUAAACAAUUUGUAUGUCCCUAGUUAAUAUAACUAAUUUAAUAACAUGAAAGAUUUGUGUUAAUAUUCCCUGUUUCUACUGAUUU